AUGAAGUGGCUGGCUCUCGGUCUCGCUCUGGUCGCUCCCUCGGAGGCAGGCCUUCGAUUUGGCUGUGCGACUCUCAGCGUUCAACGUCUAGAUCCGCUCGUUGAGCCUGGACAAGUUCCAUCUGGACAUGUCCAUCAAAUUGUUGGAGGUAAUUAUUUCAAUGCUACUAUGGAUCCUUCGAUCGAUGUUGGUGAGAAGGGAACAUGCACUACGUGCUCUUUCUCAGAGGAUUUCUCGAAUUACUGGACUGCUGUUCUGUACUUUAAGCGAAGAGAUGGAAUGUAUAAGCGCGUUCCGCAGUAUGCAAAUGCUCAGCUUGAAGGUGCUACCAAGGGCAUGACGAUUUACUACACCCAGUUGGACUUUAACGGGAAUGGCAAUGAGAAGAUCACAUCUUUUAAACCUGGAUUUCGCAUGACAGUCGGCAGCCCGUUGACUAACAGCAAAGAACAAGCCACCAAAAACGUUGGCUUACGCUAUACCUGUCUGCAAACCAUUUUGACUAGAGGAGCCGAGACUCCAGAUUUCCCUAAAGCUCCAUGCCCUGCUGGCAUUAUGGCUAUCCACCACUUCCCGGCUUGUUGGGACGGUAAGAACCUCGACAGCCCUAACCACCAAGACCACAUGUUCGAUACGACCAAGGGCGGCUUCAGGGUCGCCGGUCCAUGUCCUAGCACCCAUCCCGUCCGCAUGCCCCAAGUCGCCUACGAAACCAUGUGGAACACAACGCAAUUCAACGACAAAUCCAUGUGGCCGACCGACGGAUCUCAACCAUUCGUCUGGAGUACGGGCGACGGUAAAGGCUAUGGUACCCACGGUGAUUACUUGUUCGGUUGGAAGGGAGACUCCCUGCAGAGAGCGAUGGACUCGACGUGUAUGUUUUCGGCUUGUGGUGCGAAGACGGGUGUCUUGAAGACGCAGAGCGCGGCGGCGCAGAAUAGUUGUGCGGUUAAGAACACGGUUGUUGAGGAUAUUGGGGAGGAUGAUUGGAUCCCCGCUCUUCCUGGUGUUCAUUGA